UGGCGCCCCCAAUUGGCCGUGGAGGAAAUGGGGACCCGCACACCCACUCGUGUCCCAGCCCCCGUCGUCCGGGAGAGAGCCGGCCUAGCCAGAGCGCCUCGGCACCCCUGCGGAGCCCACAGUCGGGGUCCUCCGGCCCCGCCCUGCGCGGCGCUCCUGCGGUUCCAGGCUCCGGGCUCGGGUACCGGGCGGGAGCCAGUCAGAGCCUCGGGCCCUCGCGCCGCGCGAUCCUUUCCAGCCCCCGCGUUCCCGCCUCUGCCCUCGGGGCGAGACGCGGAGUGACCGUGGCCGUGGCGGGAGCCCUCGUCGCGGCGCAGCGGCCGGCCUGGGAAGGGUGCACGGGAGCAUCGUGCCCGAGCAGUGCUGCGGUCCAGCGCGGAAGGGGUGUCGCCUGCAGGUCACCCAGAGGACACCGGGAGGGGAAUUCCUGGGGUGGGAGUGAGGCGAGGUGGGCGACGAGGAGGCAGGGGAGGGUAGACGUUGGGUAGGACGCAUUGCUCGGUCCUGCGGCCUGACCUUCCGGGGCCACCAAGGGGGUGCGGGAGAGGCGGGGAGCGCGCACAGGGCGCGACCCCUCCGCACGCCUGCUGCCGGUUCUCCCCGCCCCGGCCGCUCCAGACCCCAGCCCGGGCCUAGGUGGUCCCCGCCCCACGACCGCUGGACGCCCCGUCGGGGCGGGGCGGGGCGGGGUAGACGGGAGGGAGCCGCGCGCGGGCAGAGGGGACGCGCGGGCUCCGCGGCCGGCUCCCCGCACCGUGCACGCGCCGCCGCCUUCCUGAGCUUUUCCAGAAGAUGUCGGGAGCCAUCUUCGUGCCCCUGGAGGGCCUGGGGGCCCCGGACGCCGCGAGCGGCCACCCGCUGGUGUGCCCGCUGUGCCACGCACAGUUCGAGCGCCCGUGCCUGCUGGACUGCUUCCACGACUUUUGUGCCGGCUGCCUGCGGGGCCGCGCCACCGACGGCCGCCUCGCCUGCCCGCUGUGCCAACACCAGACGGUGGUGAAGGGCCCCAGCGGGCUCCCUCCUGUGGAUCGGCUGCUGCAGUUCCUGGUGGACAGCUCAGGGGAUGGCAUGGAGGUGGUGCAGUGUGCCAACUGUGACCUGGAGUGCGGCAAGCAGGACGCAGAGACCACGUACUUCUGCAACACGUGUGGGCAGCCGCUGUGCGCACGCUGCCGCGAUGAGACGCACCGGGCACGCAUGUUCGCGCGCCACGACAUCGUGGCCCUGGGCCAGCGCAGCCGCGACGUGCUCCAGAAGUGCACGCUGCACGCCGAGCCCUACAUCAUGUUCUCCACCGACAAGAAGUCGCUGCUGUGCAUCCGCUGCUUCCGGGACAUGCAGGGGGAGAGCCGGGCGCACUGCGUGGACCUCGAGUCAGCCUACGUGCAGGGCUGCGAGCGGCUGGAGCAGGCGGUGCUGGCCGUGAAGGCCCUGCAGACGGCCACACGGGAGGCCAUCGCGCAGCUGCAGGCUAUGGUGGAGGAGGUGCGGCGCAGCGCGGCGGAGGAGGAGGCCGCCAUUCAUGCCCUCUUCGGCAGCAUGCAGGACAAACUGGCAGAGAGGAAAGCGCUCUUGCUGCAGGCGGUGCAGAGCCAAUACGAAGAGAAGGACAAGGCCUUCAAGGAGCAGCUCUCCCACCUGGCCACUCUCUUGCCCACCCUGCAGGUUCACCUGGUCAACUGUUCAUCCUUCCUCAGCCUGGCCAAUAAGGCUGAGUUCCUGGACCUGGGCUAUGAGCUGUUGGAGAGGCUGCAGGGCAUCGUCACGCGGCCGCAGCGCCUCCGGCCAGCGCAGAAUAGCAAGAUCGCCAGCGACUACCGCGCCGAGUUCGCGCGCUGCCUGGAGCCUCUGCUGCUGCUGGGGCCGCGCCGGGCGCCGGGGGCUGGGGCCGCCCCCAACACGCUAGCAGCGGGCUCAGGCCCCAACGUGCUGAUGGGGCCCAGCUGCCCUUCCCCAGCGGGAAAGAUGCUGGGGUCACUAAUCCAAAAGCCCACGCUGCACCGGUCCAUCAGCACCAAGGUGCUGCUGGCCGAGGGUGAGGAUACGCCCUUUGUGGAGCACUGCCGCCACUAUGAGGACUCCUACCGGCGCCUGCAGGCAGAGAUGCAGAACUUGAAGGACCAGGUACAGGAACUGCACCGGGACCUCACCAAACACCACUCGCUCAUCAAGGCGGAGAUCAUGGGAGACAUCCUGCACAAGUCCGCACAGGUGGACGCGCAGAUCGCCUUGGAGUACGCUUCCCUGGAGGGGAUGAGAGCGGUCUUCCAGGAGAUUUGGGAGGAAUCCUACCAGCGGGUAGCUAACGAGCAGGAGAUCUACGAAGCCCAGCUCCGUGACCUUCUCCAGCUGAAGCAGGAGAAUGCCUACCUGACCAGCAUCACCAAGCAGAUCACGCCCUACGUCCGCUCCAUUGCCAAGGUGAAGGAGCGACUGGAGCCCAGGCUUCAGGUGCCCGCAGGGGAACAGCUGGACCACCUACAGAACACGCACAAGGAGGACGUCAGUGCUGAGACCCAGGCCAGGAAUGACCCGGUGAGUGUCGCAGAGAAGAGAGAGAAGACGUCAGAACCCAGAGGAACAGCCGGACUCCAAACAGCCUCAAAGAAGAGUCUCCACUGAAAAACAAAGACCCUCACAGACCCAAACCAAAAAACGGGGGCGAGGGCCCAACACAGAGAGAGCGCCCGACUUAGCAAACGGGACUGGUCCGGAGGGGUGGGCAUUUCACAGCACGCAGUUCAAGACUGGGAUAUUUAAGAAAGGUUAUUCCCACCAGGUAUGUCAUAAGGGGUAGUCACUAAUCAGCGGAAAAACCCAGACACUCCGACCGGUCCUAAUCUCAGAUUCUUUGGCUUAAGUUUCACUCUUCCCUGUGUUUGCGCUGCAUGAAGUCUCAGUCCUCCUCAGGGGGACUGGGGGCGACGCCCCAGUCCGCCUGGAAAGAGUGAACACAUGAACGUGCCGCGCAAGCCCCUCGCUGGCCUGGCACCUCCUUUGCGGGAGCGCCAGGCCCUGCCCCCGUCAGGGGCCGUGCGCAGACAGCCCUGCCGUGCCUGCCUCCCAAGAAUUCAGGGUGUCCUGAGCCACGGCCCCGCUGGGAAGUUCCAGGCGGUAAUCUGAGCACUGACUCAGCAAAAGGGAAAACUGUCACUCCCAUUUUCUCCUGUCAAGGAAGGACUGAGCUGCCAGGGCAAAGGAGAGGCGGCCAGUGGCACGGGCUGCAGGAGAGGGUCAGUACAACUUCCCCACAACUUUCUGCUGCUUCUCCAGACAACGGUCACUCUCGUGUUCACCUUCUACUGGUAUUACUAAAGGAUGACUCAGAAUCCUUUCUCCAGAAAUUCCUACUCCUACAUGGUGUCCUUUCUAUCAAGCGUAAUUUCACAAAUGCUUUAAAGAGGAAAAUUAACCCAGAUGACCUAAAAUUUUAAGUUUUGGAGUUAAAAUGUCCACACAGUCACAUUUUAAGGAAGCAUCCAGCUCGAUGUGGUGGUUCAAACAGCAAACGGAUGGGGCGCCUGGCUGGCUCAGUCGGUUAAGUUUCCACCUUUGGUUUGGCUCAGGUCAUGCAUGAUCUUGCAGUUCACGAGCUCAAGUCCUGCACUGGGCUGUGCAUUCGGUGGUAUGGAGCAUGCUUGGGGUUCUCUCUUUCCCUUUCUCUCUGCCCCUUCCCCACCUGCACUCUCCCUCUCGCUCUCAAAAUAGAUAAACUUAAAAACAAAAAACAAAAAAAACCACCACCAAAAAAUGAACAGCAAAUGGCUUCCAUGUGCCAGGUAGGGCAGCACAUCAAUCCGUGAAAAUGUCACGUCAACAUCCACCGUUCUGCCCCUGCGUUCAGAGCACUGAUGUCCUCAUUCCAAAGCCUAAACCCAAGGGAGCCUAAAAGGCAGGAGGAACUCGUCACAACAAACUGGUUACAGAUUAGAAUUCAAAACUGAAUUGAAGGGGCAAAACACAUCUGGUUUUAUGCUGUAGGUCCCGGACAUUUCUUAGCCAGUGAUGACGUGAUCUUAGAGUUCCUACAUCCCACACAAUCACGCUACCGCUCAUAGUGAAAUCAAGUACAGUUUUAUUUAAGAAUUGGAAAUAAUCAGUAUCUGUGAAAGAAAAUCCAAUUUGAAAUACUUAAAUAAACAUUUCUGCAUGUAAAAAGAAGAGUAAAAUAAUUACUCCAUUAAAUUACUCUCCUAGCUAUGGGACGGCUUCCUCUAGAGCAAGCGCUUGGGACCACCCCUGCCGGCUGGCCCUCGGGGCCCAGGACAAGGCGUCAAGCUCUCACAGCAGGGCGCAGAGAGCAAGCCUCUCCCACCAACCUCAUCGAGCCACUACAGGAGCAAGAUGUGGUGGGAGAUCGCAACUAUCUAAGGCAGUAAGAAAGUGCAGAGAAGGGACAGUGGGGGUCACUGUGCCUAUUACGGAGGGGCUGCUACCAAAAAGCUGGAGCUGUGGCCGGCCCUCCUGAGCCUAAGCUACCAACACGUGUAUUGGUUUAGGGAUACUUCCCUAUCGUGUCCAUCACUCAGAGUGUUAAAUAAAUGGAAGGGACUAAUCAAGUUUAGUUUUGAGGCUCAAGAAGCAGUUCAUACAGAUGAAGGGGCAGUGGGGUACGCUGCCUUUCGCUUUCGGCCAGGCUCACCCCACUCACUACCUCUUUUCUGCGAGCUGCUAUUCUCGGCCACAGCCUGCAAAUCCUCAUAAAACGUCUCACUUUACGCUGCUUCAAAGUA